GGAAGCGGCCCCCGGCAGAGGGCUCGGAGCAGCCGUGAGGCGACACGCCGAUGGCAGGAGGCGGCCUGCUCCCCUCCCUGCCCACGCUGACCGUGCUCGUUCCUCUCCUGUCCCUAGCGGGCUUGUUCUACUCGGCCAGCGUGGAUGAAACCUUCCCUCAGGGCUGCACCAGCACCAACAGCUUGUGUUUCUACAGCCUCCUGCUUCCUGUCACGAUACCGGUUUAUGUGUUCUUCCACUUGUGGACUUGGAUGGGAAUUAAGCUUUUUAGGCACAAUUAGCACAGUGCCUCUGCUAACCCCCUUCUCUAGAGCAACGCAGUUUGUUUAAUUUAGCCAGGUCUCACAAUUGAUCUGAAACGUCUGUUGUGGCACUGGUGACUGUCAGCAUUUGCCUGGUGGUGUCUGAACUCUAUGCAGUCCUCUGCAAUAAACCUGUUACUUAAUUAAUGCAAAGGAAGAGAAGGAGGAGGAAUAACAAACAUUAUUUCUUUCUAGUGUAUCUCUUCAAGUUCUGCGUCUCUAGUGGCUACUGAAAAUGUACUAGGGGGUAACCAUCUGUGCUAGACAACUGCACCCUGACUGAAAUAACAUCAAAUAAUAAGCAGUGGCAACAUGGGGUGAUACGAAUCUCUCUUUGGUUCAUAAGCUUUGAUACUGUUUGCCUUGGCCUGAUGUAUUGAAAUGCAUUUGUCUUAGUGUCAGAGGAAUGUAAAAUAAAUUAGCUUAAUCUUUGAUAACAGGCCUUGAGUUGAAGGAAGAAUGUUGUUUGGAUACUCUAGAUAUGUGUCAAGUAUCUUUCUCCUUAACAUUAUCUCCUUCUUAGUAGAGAAGGAACAGAAGGUUCUGCUGAAUACUUCAGCUUUCCCUGUUCCCGUUUACAGCAACGCUAGAGAAUGGAGUGACGCAGUGUCCUGUAACUGCUGAAAAGAAUCAGAACUGCAGUACUGUGUUGGAAACGUUGCAGGUCUCAGCCAGUGUCUACUGGCAAGAAAUUAACAAAGCAAUUACACUGAUCAGGCUGCUGCUGCACAAAUAAUGCUGGGAUUCAUGAAAGACAUACUGGAGGGCUUACUCGAGGUAAGCACAGUUAUCUGUCAGGGCUCUUUGUGCUAUCAAUGGAGAGGGGUUCAUGUAGUGCAUAGUACAGAGCACAGACCUUAUUGCCUAUGUUUUAAAAAAAACGACACCUUUUUCAGCUGACACAGUGAGAAAGAAAAAAGCAAAGGUAGCUCUAGAAGCCAUUUGUGAAUCUUCUUCUAGAUGUAUAUGAAGGAAAAGCUCUGACAACUUGCUGGCAAGAAGGCUCACUUGGGAAGAACCAGAAUUGGGUAAUGUCUCGCUCCACAGGCGCAAUACCAAACAGCCCUCGUGUCAGUGACUGAGAACACAGGCACCUGGUCCCUGGGCUGAGCUCAGCUCAGCUCUGGGCAGGGAACCAGGUGACCGGAUUCCAUGUCAGCCAACAAAUUACUUUUGCAGGAAAGGGCUGGCACUGCAAUACCUGCUGGCUACCAAAACCUUUGCACAGGGGAAACCACAAAUAAAAUCACAGAGAAACAGCAGCGUUAUAAUCAGCUUUUCCUCCCUCCUGGGGGCAUUAUUCUUCCUUUUCCUCCAGGCAGCAUCACCAUGAGAGAACCAGCUUUUUUUGGCCAUGUCACUUGCUGGCCUCUAGUGCUGGCAAGAAAGAUCUGUCCACCAGGUUUUUCAUGCACAGCAAAUUAGCCUAGUAAAGUGAAUCUAGCAGUAACAGUACUGGAAUUUGCCAAUUGACUGGUUUCCUGAGCAAUCCUAUUACAUUAUUCCAAAGCAACUUCACAGUAAAUAGAACUGCCAAUUGCAUUUAAAUUAUACCCACAAUACUUAUUAACUACCUGGAAUAUGAAUGUAUGAUACUGCUCUCCUGAUUUACUUACAUCCCCAGCAGAACUUUCUUACAGUACUUCAGAACGCUGCAGUAAUAGAUUUAGAGCUGAAGAAAAAAUACAUCGUUUGAUGUCUUACGUUUAAGAGAUGUGUGAAUUGGCUGUUGUUCGCAUUUCUUAAAUGAUUCCAGAUGUCAUGCAGGAGGCAUUCUCUUCUGACAGGAAAAAUCCACUGUUUGUGAAAUACGCUGUUUAAGACUGGAUGCUGAAGAAUAAAAUAACUAUUUGUUAGAAGUGUGCUUCUCUGUUCUAAAUUGAGAAGGAGAAAAAGGCCAUACUUACAAUGUUGAAAUAUGAAGACAGUCUGUUGCAUUCUAAAAGAUGAAUCGCCAGCUUGUGCUUCAUGUUAAAAAUGCAGGGAUAUUUAAUCAGCACCGUCAGCUGAAAUUACAAAGAUGAAAAUAAAAGGUCUGUUGAUUUUCUCUUGCAAAAUCAGAUUUAAGGGUAUGUAGAGAGACUGAACUGCCAUCCUGCAUUUCUGAAACAUGCCUUUGAUGUGUAUUUGUAUGCUAUACCAAUAGAGGCACGCUUUAUAAAAGCAGGUUCUAAACAUUUCAAUGCGUGGGAAACCCUGUCAGAGAAACAUCUGAAAUUUUGCAGAACUGUCUGUGCAGACAUUUGUGUUACAGUACCUCGGGAAUAAAAUAGAAAGUUAUUUUAA